AUUAUAAAAUCGAUCGCCAAUGACAUAUUAUAUUGUCAAAAAGAAAAGAUAAAUGAAAAGUGUACAAGCCGCCAAUCUUAUCUUUCAAAUAAACGAUAUUUUCUUUAUGAUGUUAACCCACCUGAAGGAUUUAACUUGAGAAGAGAUGUUUAUAUUCGAGUUGCAACAUUUUUAAAACAACUUAUAAAAGAUGAUAAAAUAUUUCAAUGGAAUGUAGUAUUGCCUCCAUGGGGAAAUUUAUAUCAUUGGCAAAGUGUAGACCUAGGAUCUCAACAACAAAUACCAUGGCAAACAUUUUUUGAUAUGGAGAGUUUGAAAAAGUAUUUACCAGUAAUAGAAUUAUUUGAAUUUAUUAAAGAAAUUCCAUCAGAAAAUGAAGAAACCAUAAUUGAUGUUUUAUAUUUUUUAAAAAAUGAUGAAGAGAUGUUUAGAAUUGGUAAUUUUGAAGAUAAGAAUAUUUUUAGUGAUUGUUUGAACACCACAAUUCCUUAUAAAAAAAAUAGUUAUAAACAAUAUACUGGUUCUUUUUGGGGUUAUACAAAUGUAACUGCAAGAGAAGUUAAAUGUAUAACUUUUCAUGGAACUACAAUUAAUUUAAAAAAAAAUCUACAACCAUUAUUAUAUAGAAGUAUUAUGUUUGAUCAUAUGGAAAUUCCAUUACAUUAUAAUUAUGGUUCUGUAGAUUAUUGGAAUGCAAGACGUAGUAUGCGAUACAACACAGAAUUACAUCAAAUUAGUAAUGACUUUAGAUUAAAAUAUUUAAAUUCUAAUGAUAUGGAUGACAGAACAAUAAAACUAAAAGACUGGAGAUUAGAUAAGAAAAAGAGAAAUGCAAUUGGUGGUCCAUAUUUAUCUAUUCAUCUGAGAAGACAAGAUUUUUUGAUUGGUCAUGCAGCAUCAUCACCAACUAUUGAAUAUGCAGCUUUUCAAAUAAAAGCAUUUUUAAAAUUAUUAGAUUUAAAAAUUGUUUAUAUAGCAACUGAUACAAAUAACCAAGAAUACAUUGAUCUGAAGGAAAAGCUUAAAGAUUAUUCUGUAUUUCGUUAUAUUCCAACCCAAUUUGUGAAAAAUAAAUUUAAAGAUGGAGGGAUUGCCAUUAUUGAUCAAAUAAUAUGUUCACAUGCAAGAUAUUUUGUAGGUACACAUGAAUCAACCUUUUCAUUUCGAAUUCAGGAAGAUAGAGAAAUCCUUGGUUUUCCUACUAAUACAACAUUCAAUGUGUUAUGUGGUAAUGAAAUAAAAUGCUCAAUUGGAAAUAAAUGGGAAAUUAUCUGGGGUUAAAUUGUACUUAAAUUUUAUUAAAUACAUUACACUUAAAGAAACAGGUGUAAAAUGUAACAAUAUAAUAUUCACAAUAUAGAC